CACGGCUGCUGGUGCUGGUGGUGCUGGUGGAGAUGCUUCCAGUGCUGCUGCUGUUGCUGCUGCUGGCUGUGAUAAUGGUGGUAGUGGUGCAGGUGGUGGUGCUGUGGUGAUCCACCGCGACGUGAAGGCGGAGAACGUGUUGCUGCGGUGGGAGGGCGGCAGGCUGGUGGCCAAGCUGGCGGACCUGGGGCUGCAUGCGUGCGUUCACGACGACCGCCGUGCGAUGCUCCGACGCAAGCCCCACGACUCCUCCUCCGCCGCCGCCGCCACCCCAUCCGCUAUCAGCACUCAGCCCCUCGACGGCAACAGCAGCGGCAGCGGCAGCCAGCUCCAGGCUCCCACCGCUGCCGCCGCUGCAACCACCACCAUCAAGACCUGCUGCGGCGGCGGAGCCAGCAACACCGGCGCUACCACCUUCUCCACCGCCUCCGAGAAGGAUGCUGGUGGCACACGCGCAAGUAAUAUCGGUAAAGACAGGGCAGCUGCGGGUAAGGUAACGGGCCGCAACAGUGCCGACACCAACCGCAACGAUAACGGCGCCGUCAGCGCUAGUCGGCCCCCAACGAGGUCAGCCUUCACGUUUGUGACCAUCACGCGUGGCAGCAUCGCACCCCACACGGAGGAGUCGCCCGGCAGCCCCAACCGCAGCAGCAGCUGCAGCGGUAGUCGCGUCUUGCCUUGCACGCAGCAGCAGCAGCAGCGGCAAGAGCAGCACCCGCGUCGUAGCGCAAUUGACGUCCUGGGCACCCCCGAGGCUCGCAGCAGCAGUUCUUGUUGUUGCCGGGAAGCUGACCACGGCGGCAGCGGCAGCGGAGGUGCUUGCGACGCCGCCCCUGAAGGCGGCUUUGUCGGUGCCAGUGGCAACCCAUGCUGCGCUAAAGGAGGCGGCGGCGGCACAGCUGCUGUCGUACGGCGACCUGAGGACGCUGUGCCUGCUGCUGGCGAGGAGUUGAGCCCUGACCCGGCGGAGGCGGAGGUGUCGGAGGCGGCGCAGCACAUCCACACCCACCACACCCAGCGCCCGUGCGGGCUGGGCCCACCACCGCCAUCACCGGCGGGUCUGACGUCCUCAGCCUCCGCGCCAUCGCUGCAGCAGCUUCAGCAGCAGGGCGCCGCCGCAGCGGUUGCGCCGCCGCCACCUCCGCCGCCGUCAGCAACUGCGGAGCUGCCGGCCUUGUCGUCGCCGCUGCCGCCAUCGUCCACGCCGCCGCCGCUGUGGACGGCAGCUUGUACGACAAACGCGGCGGAUGCUGCUGCUGCUGCUGCUGCUGCUGCCCCGGCGUCGGCAGAGGCGGAGGUUGCAAAGGAGGCGCCGGAUGCCGCCUUGGGUGAUGCGCGCUGCCAGCACCAGGAGCAGCACCAACAGCAGCACCAACAGCAGGAACAGUCGCCUCAGAGUCCCCCGCAUCCAGGCUGCCCCGCUGGCCCCCCUCAGCAGCAGCAGCAGCCAGCCGCCAGGCAGCAGCAGCCGCUGCUACCGCGCACCUCAGCACCGCCCAGCAGGGAUAGUGGCUCGCCGCUGCCUCCCGUGACCCCGCGGAGUUCGUUGAGGGCACCGCGGACCAGCGGCUUCUUCCGCCCCAACAUGCGGCUGUCUAGGGGCAGUCUCCGCGUAUGCCAACGUGCGGCUGCUGCUGCAGACGUCCGCAUGCCAACUCCCUGCACAGCUGCCUCCCCGGGGACACUGAUGAGCAACUCCUCCAUCCUUAACUCCACUUGCGACUCCAACCCCAACCCCAACCGAGGGAACAGCAACAAAGACAGAGCUGAUGGCCACAACAACAACAGCGGCGGUGGCAUCGGCUGCCGGCAGAGCAAUGUCGUCCAUGUUUCCACAACUGCUGCCGCCGCUGCUGCUGCUGCGGGCAUUGGUACCAUGCGGGAGGAGAGCCUCCUGCGCCUCGUGUCGCCUGACUGCCGCUUGCGGUUGGCUUCCAUUACCGAACGAGCAGGCUGUGGAAAUGGAGCAGCGGGCAGCGGCAGCCGCUGCGGCGGGUGCGGGGGUGGCUGUGAGGGUGUGGGGGGCAACGCUGCUUGCUGCGCCGCUCCUGCAUCUCAGCCUCCUUCUAUGCCUCCCGCACGGCCCCAACCGCCGACACAAGCCGCAGCUAGCUUCAAACGAGCCCAUGCAGCCGCCCACAUGCGGCGAGUGGGCAGCCUGAGGGCCCUGCUGCUGCAGCACAAGCAACAGCAGCAGCAACGGCGUGCACCUGCUGGCACUGCUGUCACGACUCCUGGCUCCUUUGCAAUCACAGGCACCACCACCGCUUCCGCUACUGCUACUGCUGGUGCUGUUACUUCGGCUGACAGUACCGCCGCUAACAAGGCUUCUGCAGCCACGGUCUCGGUUGCCGCUGCUGCUGCCGAUGAUACUGCUGCUGCUGAGGUGUGGAUUGACGCCUGCGCCUGCACCUCGCCUGCUCCUGCACCCGGGCGCCUGCCACCGCAGCUGCCACAGCCGCCACCGCCGCCUCCUCUGCCGCUGCAUCUGCCGCCACCUCCUGCGCUGCCUGCUGCCGCGGACUACUCCUGGGUGUACGACAUGACGGGGCAGGCGGGCAGCUUCCUGUACAUGGCUCCCGAGGUGUACCUGCGCCAGCCCUACAACGCCAAGGUCGACGUAUUCAGUUUCGGCAUGCUGCUGUGGGAGGUGUGGGGCUGCCAGCUGCUGCUGGUCAACUACCUGCUGGCGGGCCGGGGCGCGGAGCAGGGCAUACGCACCGCCAAGGACUUUGCACGCAAGGUGUCGGAGGGCUUCCGGCCGCCCCGCCCGCCCCGCCUGAGCGAGCGGCAGUGGCGGCUGAUGAGCGCCUGCUGGGAGGCCGACCCGGGGCAGCGGCCCACCAUGCGGGGCGUGCUGGCGGAGCUGAGGGACAUGGAGAAGGAGGCGGCGCUGAGCAAGAGCCUCGCCCAGCGCCUCACCAUCACCACCACCACCGCCACCAUCACAACCGCCACCAUCACAACCCACCAGCAGCUCCCCUACGGCCUCAGCGGCAGGUGCGAGGGCGGCGGUGGAGAGAGCGCCGCUGCUGCCCGCCUGCUGGCGUACAGGCACACGCAGCGGCGCUACGAGCAGCAGCAGCAGCGGCAACAGGAGCUCAGGCAGCAGCGGCUGCUCAAGGAGCUGCUGGGCGAACAUCAGGACCAGCAGCACCCGCAGCAGCAGCAGAAGCGGCAGCAGCGGAAGCAGGAUCCAGGAUCUGCUGUCGUCCCGUACGGCAUUGCAGGAGGGCUGGCAGCGGCAGCAGCGGGGGAUGUCGCCCCUGCCGUGAUGCAUGGUGGUGCCGGCGACGUGGCACAUGCUGCUGAGUGCGGCUGCAGGUGCGUCAUAUCUUAGGAGGAGGAGUGUGUUUGAGAGGAAUGGAUAAGUAGGGGUUAUGUGGGAACCAGGAGUACUGGAAUAAAGGAAAUGCGUCAGCUGUACAUCAGGCAGGCCUUUCCAUCGUACUGGGGGGUUGGGAGGGGAUUCAUUUGGAAGCGGUACGGCACUCUCACCUAUUUUGUCAGCGCUUAGACUUCUCUUCGGCAAGAGCACUUUGCUUACAGUAAUAAAGCCAUCGUAUUGUUUGAAUGAACGACUCGUCAGUAUUUCUCGCCUCAGAGGUCACUGUACUGCAUGCAUGUCCAAGUAAGCAGGCCUGGGUUUAUUUCCCGGUUGUUGGUUAACGAUUUGGGGUUGGCUCUUGCCAGGAAAGGAAACAGUUGGACUGUUCUUGCACCGCUGUCCUCUUCUUUGUACGCUAUUUUCGUACGUUAUCGUAGAUGUUGCCAUAACAACCAGAGGCUGUGAUGAUGACUGAGAUUACUCUUGCUGUCCCGCCCAUAUAUUAGCCAGUAGCUACUGUUAAUAAUUUCCAGUUUUCAGUUCACAACAUAUGCAUUUGCCUUGCUCGUGAUGAGGUUAUCGUAACAUUUCGUUCUUCGUAAGUUUAAGGAGCUGCUGCUGUGGCCCCGCUUCUGUACUUCGAGGCAGAGCGGUCCCGAAACGGCUGCGGAGGGUUGUGUUGAGAGCAAUGAUUGACGUGCCGAGACCAAAGGUGUAUGUACGAGAUAUGUUAGGCUUGAUCAGGUUUGGUGCUUAAAGUAUUGCGUUGUGCGAUGAAUGGGCCGUCGGUGUCGGUUUGAGAAUGUGAUGAGAGCAUGAGACGGCCAUUGGGUUCGGCGUAAGGCUUAGUAAAUACAGUAAUACGGUACGGUAGGGUGUGUUAACGACUGUAAUUUGAGAGCACUUUUGCAGCUAGUAGGAUAAGAAGUUGGGCUGUGGUCUAUAUAGGGAUGCCGAGUGACCCGUGGGUCAUUCCUGCUGUGCGUUGAUAUCUAUUUGGUAAGCGCUGCACAAGGCAGGCAGGAGGGCAGGCUAGUAGGAGUUAUUACUAGGGAAGGCCAGUGGAGCAGAGGCUUAUGGACUUGUGCACAAGGGAAAAUUGAAGCGUCAAGCUGAGCAACUUAAGCUUAAGAGCGUUACCGUUUACCGUGAGCAGUAGUAGCAAUACGAGAGGAGAGUCGUAAAACAUAUAUAUUCAAUAUUACUGCGGAAAUUGUACGACU